GAUAAUGAUACUUGUAUGGUGUAACUAAUGGUUCCCUUUAGAACGGUACAUUGUUUUCAUUUUGAUCAAUUAGCUCACAGUUAGCGUAGGUACCUAACACUUUUCCCUGCCAUAUUUUCUCGUGCUUAUCUAUUUUUACUCUUUGUCUUUUGUGUAAUUUACAACAAAAAAAAUUAUCAAUCUACUCGCAGAAUUAUGUCGUCGUGGAAAUCUUAUUUAUUCGCAUUUUUUGUGAUCGCAAUAGUUGACCAGAUAAACACAACUCCUCCAGAUAUCCGAGAUGAAAUAAAGAUCAAAAGUUCAAUAGGUUCAAAAUAUGGCUUAUCCGCUAGAAAUGAUCCUCCUCCUGAAACAACAACUACCGAAGAUCCAACAACAACUACCAAAGGUCCAACAACCACUACAGAAAAACCGACAAAAAGUCCCACAACAACUACUGAAAGUCCUGCCCACAAUGAAUUCGCCAAGUUUACGCUCGUGUCGACUGGUUCAAAACAAUACAAAGUGAAGGAAGCUGCACUGGAACAUGGAAAAUGGUGGUUAGGUUCUACAAGCAAUCCAGUUUCCGAAAACCAUAUAAAUACGUUGACGUUUGGAAACUGGUCGCCACUUACAAUUGGAGGAAUCCCACUAACUGGUUCAAGUGAAGGUGUAAAAGGCCGUUUCAAAAUCAAAAAUCUGCAAGGACUUGUUGCAUUAGUGGUAGACUUCGAAGUGGUGGGGAAAAAACAACCUAAAAUUGCCUUAUCUGGAGCAACUUCCUGUUCCGGUGGACCACACGGCGAUCAACCUAACAUCAUUGAUAUCACAUGUGAUUAGUGGUAACAUUAAAUAGCAGCAUCUGUACUUACAGCUUGAAGAAAAAAUAUAAAUAUUUAAGCAAGUUUAUUUUUUAAGCGCAUAAAAAAUUUACCUAUAAAAAAUACACUUAUUUUGAGA